UCAGAUUGGAGCAGAAUGAUAGUGUGGAAUUUUAAAACUGCACGUUAUUUGUGAAAAGCCCAUAAAAGGUAGUGGGCAUUAGACUAAUGUGAAACAUAGUAUUUACUCAGGCAGUAACACUGUUAUUAAUCCAAAAAUUUAGAAGAAUUACAUUAGUGACUGUGCUGUGGCAUAGAUUCCCUUAGAGUGCGUGUCUGUCUGUUCACAGAAAACAUCUAGGCCAUUCUCUUACCCUCCGUGCACCAUUUCUAUUCAGUCAUUUAACAGCCAUCGGGUGCCAACUUGUGUUCCAUGCUUGAGUGAGAGGUUUUUGUUCUGUGGCUUCCUACCCCCUCCAGAGAGUUGAUGGUGCCCUCAGAAUACAGUUUGUUGUGCUUGCCUAAAUAUACUUUGGGUUUUUCAUAAAAACAAAAAAUUUUAAACACAACUCAGCAUCAGUCAUAAUGAGUGUCAGUGUCAGACUCGAUUUAAAUUCAGCUUCAUAUGGUUAGGCUAGCUUCAUCUUGCUCACAGGAAACAAAAAUAAGGACAUGGAGAGACAAGAAGUAAGAGAGAAAAACAUUUCAGGGGAUACUAACCAAAAAAAAAAAACUGGCAUAGCUUUAUUAAUGUGAAAUAAUAGAUUUUAAGGUAAAGAAGAUUACUUCACAAUGAUAAACUUUAAUGUACUAGAAGGAAUAAUUCUUGAUUCUUUCUGUAGUCCAUAGAUCAAACAAAUCAGUAAGAAUGUAGAAGAUUUGAAUAAUAUGGUUAACCAGCUUGAACUGCAGAAGAAAUACAGAGCAUUUGUGAAAACUAGCUACACGCUGAGCUCUGAGAUGGAACUCAGCAAAUUUCAAAAACGUUUUACUAAGGAAAUAGACAGACGGUUGGAAAAAAAACUGAAGAUCACACAAAAGGAGAGCAGGAAAUGCAAAUCUCCUCCCAAAGUGCCCAUUGUGAUUCAGGACGGUAGCCUUCCCACGGGGCCCCCUCCACAGAUUCGCAUCCUCAAGAGGCCCACCAGCAACGGUGUGGUCAGCAGCCCCAGCUCCACCAGCAGGCCAGCCCUUCCCGUCAAGUCCCUAGCACAGCGGGAGGCAGAGUACGCGGAGGCCCGGAAGCGGAUCCUGGGCAGUGCCAGCCCCGAGGAGGAGCAAGAGAAACCCAUCCUCGACCGGCCAACCAGGAUCUCCCAACCUGAAGACAGCAGGCAGCCUAACAAUGUGAUCAGACAGCCUUUGGGUCCUGAUGGAUCACAAGGCUUCAAACAGCGCAGAUAAACGCGGGCAGGGAAGGAUGCCGCCGCCACCGCCGUCACCACCUCCUGGGUCGUCCGCUGCGGGUCGCAUUGCCGUGGCAGACAGCUGGACUUGAGCAGAGGGAACGACCUGACUUACUUGCACUGUGAUCCCCUUUGCUCCGCCCACUGUGACCUUGAACCCCAUGCACUGUGACCUCCCUUUCCCCCCCUUCCCACUGUGAUUGGCACUUCUACAAGGGCUGUCCCAAGUCCAUGGAAAGGGAAAGGGUGGGGGUUAGAGGAGGGUUGGGGGGACCCACCAAGGACUCAGAGUAGAGUCAGACAGUGCCACUUGGCCACUUGGGGUGAAGCCAGUGCCAGCAAUAACAGUUUAUCAUGCUCAUUAAUUUGGGAUUUCAAAACACAAAUGAGAACUCCCGUCCACCCACCCUCAAGUGCAUGUCUUCAUCACUUAAAAGCAAGUUCCAUUUGAAGAUAUCCUUUCUUUUUUUUUUCUUUCCUUCCUAUUUUUGUUUGUUUAUACAAAUAUUUGAUUUGCAAAAAAAAGUACAUGGGAGGGGUUUUAGCAGUUUAAUGAAUUUUUAAUUGAGAAAGGGUAGUUUGGUAGUCUACUUAAAAAUGUUUCUGGUCAAUCCACUAGAAACAUUAACCAAUAGGAUUUUGGUGAGCUUAGCUUCUGUAUUCCUACUGCCGCCGAGAAAAGGGGCAGGGCUCUGCAGCCCAGGACAGAUGAGCACCCCAUGCCUAUACCUCCCUCCCCCCAACUAAGUACCAGAGCAUCUGGGCCCUACCUGGAGACUGGGCCAGCUCUGUAGGCUCAGAGAGCCUGGGGAGGGUGCCAACCCCUCACCUUUAGUAUUUUGGGAGAUAGGGAAAGUGAACAGACUUUCCCUUCCAAAACCCCUCAGGGUGGUUCCCUACCAGCUGGGCUUACUACUUCUAGAAGAGGGCAGGGAGUGAGGCUGCACUCCCGGGCUUUAGGAGUGAGGCUGCAAGCCUUGCUCAGUAUUUUGCUGUCAGCACAAGGAAAGCCAGGAGAGAGUCUGACUCCAGGACUCUGAGCCUCCUGCCUAGUGUGGUCAGAAGGUAGGUGGGUCUUCCCACUCCAGCAAGGCUUAGAACUCUCAGGGGUCUGUGGAGCACCAUCUCUGUUGAUGGCAUCAGCUCAGUAACUCUACCCGGUACAUUUCCCUUGUGAAAUCACUACCUUGGGAGCAGACCAUUCUGAAUAACAUUUGGGGAAAGACAAGCUGUGCAUUGCAAAGACUGGUAAUGACAGACGGGUUCCCCAUAGGCCUAGGUUACCCUCGACCCCUUUUUCCAGAGCAAGGGCCUGGAAUGAAGGCAGUUUCCCCUCGGUCUUUGGAGCCUGGAGAUUUGCUUUGGCUCUUUGAGGUGGAAGAGGCUUAGGGGGCCCAGCCCAGAGCAGCUGUGUGUGUACAAUCUGGUCCCUCUCAGGCUGUCCGAUCUCUUCCGUUCCACUUCGCCUUAUAUCCCUCAGCCAGCCAGACGGCCUCCUUGCUCAGCAGAUGAGUUUUGGAGUGGUUGGUGUGACAUUUGUGAUUAGGGCAGCUCGCGGUGGCCAAGGUGGCAAGCUAGGUCUUGCAGGCUCACUCCACCUUUGGUUUGCUGGCUCUCAGCCUUGCCCUGUGGGGAUGUCAGCCGGGCCCAGCAAGCCUUGGCCCACUACAUCUUCCCAUUAGGAGGAAAGGUCAGCUGUCGGUUAAGUCAGUAACUAGUCCAUAGCACAGGCUUAUAACUGCGUGAAGCCAGGAUAUUGUCCGUGAGCAGAGCUGGAACAAAGCUUCAGUCAGUAAGAACCCACAGAACAUUGAAUGGUGCCCACAUUGCUGUUCUGAGGGGAAGUGACCUCCAGGAGUGGGCAAGGGAGAAGGUUGCUGCUGUCUUUACAGUUCCACUGCCCUGACCAAGUUUCUGCAUUCUAAACGGAUAGUGUCCAUCCCUCAUGUAAUAGUGGUUUCUGGCCCAAGAGACUGUCCUUUUCAGUUGGAGAAGGUACAGAGGUAGGCCAGGUGGGAAGGCCAGAAGUGCUGAUUGCUCAGCUGUCGGGACCACCUGUCCUUGCUGCCCUCCUCUAGUGGGAGCCAAGGGGAGGCUGGCUGAUGGGUGUCUGUGGAUCAAGGAUGUAGUAGGGACUGAUGCUCCCACCUCCCUGCGGCCAAAGAUGGGGCUCUGCCCGCUGUGUGCCUAUCACCACCCACCAGCGGUCAUGUCCUGGCUUCCCAGAUGGAGAGGUGACAGGCAACAUUUUAAAGAGAAAGAAAUGAAAACAGGAAACUAUUGUGUUGGGGGGAGGUGGGAGGGGAGAUGAGAGAACGGUUUGGAUUUUGUGUGUGUGUUUGUGGUUGUUUUGGGGUUUUUUUUGGGGGGGUAGUUGUCUGUAACUUUCCUUAAGUGCUUUUUUUUUUUUUUUUUUUUUUUUAAUUUUUUAAAAGUAAGCUGCAGGCUUUGGCUUGGAAAACCCCAGGGGAGUUGGGGGCAGAAACCUGAGGCUGCUGCCCCUUUAUCUGCCUUCAUGGUACUGUCCCCUUCCCCCAGCUCCUCCCUGACUCCGUGAGCCAGGCCUCAGACCUUCCAGCUAACUGCUUCCCAUGAGCCACUACUCUGAUGUCAGCCUAUAACCAAAGGAGCUGGGGGUCUGGGCCUGGUGACCAACCCUUCUCCGCCCACUCAGUCAGGGUGCUCCCCACCUGCAGGCAGGAGGCAACACCCUAUCUGCUACCAUCAGCCCCUUCCAGAGCCCACUGCCUCACCCCACCCUGUCUAGCCCAGCCGUACCCUGCUCUGCCCCAUCUGGGGAUGCUCUGCUCAGGGAUGGGCCGGCAGGGCUGCCCCAGCCUCCCUGGUAGGCAGAGACUCUGGAAACCUCUGGGGUCCUGUUUUCGGCCAUGUGAUCCCAGGGGUGCAUAUGGGCCCCUUGGGUAUCUGAACAGAAGGGCAUGGGAGGGAGGGCCGCACCCCUGCAGUCCUGCUCUGCUGGUCUAGCGGGUAGCUGCCCACCCUACCCCACCCCGCACCGCGGGCUCCUGAGUUGGCAGAUUAAGCAUUUUAUAAAUUGUAUUUUAAAUACAUGUUUUAAACUUGUCAGAACCUUGUCCUCAUUUCAGUUUCUGGCCUCCUAACCUCUUGCUGUGGCUGCUUGUUUAACCACUGGGAAGCUAUCUCUGCUCAGUCCUAGGGAGGGGCUCUCGCUUUGAGUAAUAGGCCUGGGGUGGUGUAUGGAUUGGGGCCACGGACCCACAUGCUUAGGCUCCAAGGGAAGGGCACCCCUGGGUCCUGGCCCUCUGUUGGUGAGAGCAUGGCUGAGGCCCCUCCUGCCCUUCCACAGGGUCUGUCCGUUUUAGGGGCCAGUGUCUUUCCCAGGUACUUCCAUUAUGUUCACCAUUCCCUUCAAGCAAGUGGGAAAGAGAAUUCCUGCCCUUAUGGGACUCCUAGUCCAAGGCGUGGAGGCACCCAUCUGAGAAUAGUCCCAGCUCUGUGCUUUGAGAGUGCACAGGAGGUCAAGACUUUGAACCCAGGGCCACCUCUAGCAGGACUCCUGACCCUCGGCGGUGUUUUGAGGCGAGUCUUGCUUCAGGGGCUCCGAAGCCUGAGGGAGACUGAGGCCCUCCGCUCUGAGAGCCGAGUGGAAGGGUGAAAACCUGGGGCCUUCCCUGGCACCAGGCACAGAGGCUGAGGUUCUUGUUGUUUAUUGGCUUACCAGGCCACAAAAGCAAAAUCCAGCAGCAGUCCCUGCCUGAUGACCCGUCCGUCUGCAGGCCCUGAUUGCUAAGCUGCCCAGAGUCAGGACUCCGCAGGGUCAGUGGGUUCGAGCUGGCACAGAACUGAGCCACUUUUCGGCUGUCAGAGCUGGGUUCCCUAGGGAGAGAGGUGGAAGAGAAGGGUGGGAGGAAGUGAACCACCCCAUGUACCCAAGGGGAGAGGAGUCCUUCCCAGGGAGGUGAUGGGGCCAGCAGUCGGGCUUAGAGGCCUGAUUCCAAGUCCAGUGUUCUUUUAUCCCAGGAUGCCUGGAAGAGGACUGCUGCAGGGGAAGCUUCCCUCCACCCAGCUGCUAAGCCUGUUUCCUACUACUCCUAACAUGGAAUCAGACUCAGGCAAAGGACUUAAACCCCCUGCAUGAGAAAGGCAGGUAGUGCUACCGAGUCCCGGGCACAGAAAGGCGUAAGUACCAUGACUUAGGAACAAUCUACCUGGGACACAGACACUCAAAGGUUAGUUUCUUCCCCCUUCCAUCCUUUCCCCUUUUUCCUCCCUGGAACAACAGUCUCUGAGGCAUCUCUUGGAAGGAUGGAUUUCCCUUGGGUUAGGCCAGGGACUUCAUAAGGAAGGAGGUGGAUGGGCCUGGGCUGCAGUCCCUGCCCUCUGGGUACCCACCUGCUUCCUUGAGAUCUAGUCUGGAAGAAGAGGCUACGGGUGUCAGGGCCCAGGCUUGGGGGGGUACACAGCUCCAGCAUGUAGUGGCUGCCCUGCUUCCGGCGGACCGUAUUGUCCAGCCUCGGGCAGAGUGGGAUGCAAGGCACCUGGGCAUAGGGGCUUUGCAGGUUGGCAACUGGCAAAGGUGGAAGAGGCAGGAGAGGGGAAUGUUUCAGAGCACGUCCAGUGCUGGGAGGCAGGCAGACCCAUGUGAAAUCCCAGCUUUGCCACAUAACGACCGGGGUGGGUUUGGGCAAGUAACUUAACCUCUCUGAGCUUCUGCAUAAGCUGGAGCUGAUGGUGGUAUCCGCCUCAGAGUUGAUGAUGAGGAUUAAAGGGAUAAUAUAUGCAAAGCACUCAGCUAAAUGCUGAGAACAGUGUAAGGGCUAAUACCUGCUUAAAAAGGAGCACAUGUCUUUGGGAUGAGUCCUGGCAGAGUCUGAUAGGCACACUCUACAGACUCUAGAAAGCUUCUAGCCCAUCACUUGGCACACAGUAGAAGUCUACUAUUAUGGGAAGGUAACCUUGCCCAGAGGAAAGAGCACAGGUUUUAGAGUCAGACCUGGGUAUAAUCUCCCCUUUCUGACACAUGCUAGCUGUGGGACCUUGGGCAAGUUGCUUAAACUUCAGUUUUCUCAUCGUGAAUACGUGGGGUAAGUAUGUGAUUAUGAGGAUUAAAUUCUAGCAUGUCUGCAAAGGGCUUAGCAUAGUGAGUGACCCCAGAGGGUGCUCAAUAAAUGAUGAGGUGGGAUUGCUAAGCACUCUUCCUCCUCAGUCCAGGCUCUUGGGACCAACCUGUGCUCAGGGCUAAGGCUCAGGGGAAAGGGUGUGCGGAAGGCUGGAGAUGGGUGGUGAUUAUCAGCCAGCUGGCUGAUGGCACACAGUUAAGCCCGAAGUGGGAAACCAUGUCUCAGCUCCUGGGCCUGGCUGUGUGGCACCCAGGGCCCUCACCAUAGUUCUGCUGCUUCAGCUGGCUCAGGAUCCUGAGGGCUCUUCGUUCUGGGACUUCCAAGGAGUCUGCCUGCUGCGGGUUGUAGGGAAGCUUCUUCUGGGACUGCAGCCGGCCAAUGGCCGGUUCCAUCUCUCGGGCCUUACAGGUGCCUUCCUUCAGCUUCUUCUGGUAAUAGCUGGGGAGGCAGUGCCACCCAGCUCAGCCCAGCCGUGUUUAAUUCACCCUCCUCCUCCCUCACUCUUUCUGAGCCCCUGUUCUGUCUGGCCAGCUCAGGAGCAGGGCCACAAGAGAUCUGGGUUUUAGUCCUGGCUCAACUAUUAACUUCCUGUAACUGUGGGCGAGUCACUGCUCUGCUCUGGGUCUCGGUCACCCCUAUAAAGUGGGGGGAAAUGGUUAUCUCUGCCAGUCAUUGGAAGUCACUUCUCUAAGCAGAUCAGUCAGCGUUUUUUAUGGGGUUAAAAACAAAGAUUAAAUAACAAGACCCAUUAAGCAUUCAGCAAAUUGACUCAAGGAAAGAGCUUGGUAAAUGUUGCCCAUGAUUUCUAUCACUGGUAUUUUUACUUAGAUGUGCAAGUGCUUUGUAAGCCAGCUGUGCAGUUAACUCCUCCUCAUCUUCCAGAUCGCAGUUUAAAGGCUAUCUCUUCCAGAAAGUCCUCUCUCCUCCAAUAGAUGGGUUAGGCUCCCACUAUAGGCCCCCUGACAACUUGUACUUAACCCUAUCACAGCCCACUUAAUACUCUUAACUCAUCACUACUUGCCUUUUCCCCACUAGACUGCAGCACCAUUCAUUCAUUCAUUCAAAUAUUUAUUGAGUGUUUACUGUAUGCUGGCCACUCACCUAAAUGCUUGGGAAAGAGCAGUGCAGGAGAUAUUCAUAUAAGGUCCUUGUGUCAUCUCUCAGCCCCACCUCUUAGUCCAGCCACUGUCAUAGCAACCACUUCUACGUGGGCCUCAACCAGCUCUGCACAGGGACAACCUGGCCCAGUCUCACCUCAGAUCUUACCUCUUGCUGCUUGCUCCAGAGCCUCUCUGACACAUAUGCGCCCCAGAAGUGCAGGGGAGUUAAACAUCUGUGUGGGGCACCCUUGACAAAGGAACCAGCAGCUGAGGUAUACAGGCUCCUGUCUCUUCCCCUGAUGGUUCUGAGCCACCAUUCAUAGUCUCCUCAGAAGAUCCUGGGGAUGGCUGACUCAGUAGCACAUCAUUGUAUUGGCUCCUCCUCCUUCUGUGUUCAUGUCCCUUCCCUCACAUCUGCUCCCUGGUAUCACUUUUUAAAUCAACCACCUAUGCACAUAUCUAGUGGGAGAGUCGGACCAUGAACAAGUAAAUAAAUUAUGGUACCAUGUGGGGAGUGAUGGGUGUUCUGAGAGAAAGUAAAAGCUGAGUAGGAGGUAGUGAUGAGCUAUUUUGUCCAUAGUAGUCAGUGAAAGUCUCGAGGUGGUGGCAUUUGAGCAAAAUGAGGGGAGGAACCAAGCUAAGUGGAUAUCGGGAAGAAGCCUCUUUCAGGCAGAGGGAAUGGCUUGUGAAAAGGCCAGGAGGCGUGAAAGAGCUUGGUGAGCUCUAAGAACAGAGAGGUGCUAGAGCUUGUGUGUGAGGGAGAAGGGGGUAGAAAUGGGCAGCAGGAUGGGGGGGCCAGACUACCUGAGACUUUGUAGGCAGUGAUGAAGGCUAGGCAUGCUACUCAGAGUGUUAGGAAGCCCGUAGGGCUUAAGCAGGUGGUUCUGCUAGGACCUCUGCCUAUCCCUGAAGCCUGGAAUUUUGGGUUUUAAUGAGCUUCACACAGAGAAAAUAGAAAAUGAAUACCAGAGCCCUCAAAUGGAGAUUGGAUCUAGACCCCUGUGUAGAAUUAGAACCUGAAAAGACAGCAUCCUGAGUAAAAAGAUGGACUAGGAAAUAACUUCACCCCACAGGGGCCAACAGGACAUGAGCAGAGUGUGUGCAACUUUCUCAGUCGCCAUUUUAAAGGAAAUUGCUUGCUCUCUACUUCCUCUCCUUCCCCUUCUUAUGGGCUUGAAUUUAGAUGUGUUGCUGGUAAAUUGGCUUAGGAUUGACCUAGGGAAUGGCGGAAGAAUAAGUGGGAAAGAAACUGGGUGCUUGAGCAACCUUGCCUUCCUGCCUGCUUCCUCCAAGCCAUCAAUAUGAGAGAAAUAAACUAUAUUGUUUGAACUGUAGUACAUUGGGGUCUAUUCCUUAAUGAAUACACUAAUCUAGAAUUCUGUACCUAGCUAAAUUAUUCAGUAAGUGUGAUGGUAGAAUAAACAAUUUUGUAGACAUACAAAAUCUCAGAACUCAUGCCUCCCAUUCAUCCUUUCUCAGGAAGGUACUGGAGGGCAUGUUCUUCCAAAAUGAGGGCAUAAACCAAAAAGAAAAGGAAGAUAUACAUACAGAAAAUAAGAAAUCUAACACAGGAGAAAGACAAAAGUUAAAGGAAGAUGGUGAAGGGAGAUCCCACAAUGGCAGUGCAACUGCCAUAGAGGACAACCAGUUUAGGUUGGAUCACUAUAGCUUAAAAGACAAAAAUUUCAAGGGCUGGCAUUCCCAUAUCUGUCGCUGAAUUACUGCCUUUCUAACCCCAAAAAGCUACUGGUGAAACAUGCUCCCGUUAUUUUUUUUUUUAAGCAAAUCAAACCAAGAAAGAGUAAGCAAAUCAAGGAAAAGUAAGACAUGUGAUCCAGUAGACAGAAUUCCAAUCAGAGGAAAGGAAGAAAGAAUUCCUAGGAUGACAACAGACUCCCAAGAUGACGGCUCUGCAGCAUGCCUAAGAAGAAAUUAAUCCAAAAAUGAGAAAAAUGGAAUUAUUUAGAAAAUGCCUCCAAGAAAAAGAAGCUCUAGGAAGGUACAAGAAUUGUCAGUGAGUACAAAGAAAAAAAAAAAAAGGCAAUUGUCAACUUUUAGGAAAUGAAAAAAUAAGAAAGGAAAUGAAAUCAUUAUAUAAAAAAUGCUCAGCUAUGAAUAAUUGUGUAGCCAUAAUAUUAGAAACCCCAAAUAUUUAGUUAAAAAAUGAUAAUAUAUUUGAAUGGGGAAGGAGGAGCUGAGGGGAUAGUUGUAUCAGACAGCUAAAUUCUUACCAUAACAAGAAGUCAGUAGAUACAAGUCUAAAAAUCAUUAACCAAAAUAUUGUAGUACAUCCAUAUUAUGUAGAAGUAACUGCCAGAAAUACUCAAGAAGAAAGAGAAAGCCUGGAGAGGGUGUGGAGAAAAGGGAACCCUGCUACGUUAUUGGUGGGAAUGUAAAUUGGCACAAACCACUAUGAAAGACAGUAUGGAGGUUCUUUUAAAAACUAAAAAUAGAGUUACCAUAUGAUCUAGCAAUCCCACUCCUGGGCAUAUAUCUGGAAAAGCUGAAAAUUCUAAUUCAAAAAGAUACAUGCACUCCAAUAUUCAUAGCAGAACUAUUUACAAUAGCCAAGACACGGAAGCAGCCCAAAUGUCCAUCAACAGAUGACUGGAUAAAGAUGAUAAAAUAUAAAAUGGAAUAAAAAAAGAAUGAAAUAAUGCCUUUUGCAGCAACAUGGAUGGACCUAGAGAUUAUCAUACUAAGUGAAGUCAGAGAAAAGACAAAUAUCAUAUGAUAUCACCUGUAUGUGGAAAAUAAAAAAAUGAUAUAAAUGAACUUAUUUACAAAACAGAAAUAAACUCACAGACAUAGAAAACAAACUAAUUGGUACCAAAGGGGUAAGUGGGGGGGUGAUAAAUUAGGACUUUGGGUUAAAAUAUACACACUACUAUAUAGAAAAUAGAUAAACAACAAGGACCUACUGUAUAGCACAGGGAAAUAUAUUUAAUAUCUUGUAAUAACCUAUAAUGGAAAAGAAUCUGAAAAAGAAUAUAUGUAUAUAUGUAACUGAAUCACUUUGCUGUACACCUGAAGCAUUGUAAAUCAACUGUACUUCAAUUAAACAAAACAAACAAACAAAAGAACCUCCCCACAAAGAAAAUAAGGUCCAAGCAGCUUCACUGUAAGUUCUGUCAAACCUUUAGAGGAGACUGAAUACCAAGAUUUCAUGAACUCUUUCAGGACAUGAGAACACGUAACUCAUUUUAUGAUGCCAGCAUUAUACUAACAGGAACACUAGAUAUCACCCAAAAAGCAAGUUAACGACCAAUAUCUCCUUUGAACAUAGGUGCCAAAAUUCUUAACAAAAUAGCAGGUUGAAUCCAGUAAUAUAUUAAAAGGAUAAUACAUUACAACUAAGGGGAGUUUUGCCAAAGAAUGCAGUUAGUUUACAUUGAAAAAUCAGUUUUAUCUACUAUAUUAACAGAAUGUAAGAGAAAAACCUUAUAAUCAUCUCAAGAUGCAGAAAAAGCAUUUGACAAAAUUCAACUCCCAUUCAUAAUAAAAACACUCAGCAAACUAGAAAUAGAAAGGAACUUCCUCAACAUGAUAAAAGUAUCUACGAAAAUCCUGCAGCUAAAAUCAAGCUUAAUGGCGAAAGAUUGAUUGCUUCCCCCAUGAUCAGGAGCAAGGCAAAAAUGUUUGCUGUCAUCACUUUUGUUUUACUUAAGGUCUUAGCCAGUGCAAUAAAACAAGCAAAAGGAAUAAAUGCUAAUGGAUUGGAAAGGAAGAAGUAAAGCUGUCUUUAUUCACAGAUGACAUCAUUGUGUGUGUAAAAAUCUUAAGAAAUCUAUUAGAAAAAGCUACCAGCACUAAUAAGUGAAUUUAGCAAGGUCAUAGGAUACAAGAUCAAUAUACAACAAUAAACUAUACUUCUAUAAUACCAGCAAUGAGCAAUAGGAAAAUGGAAACAUCUACAACAGUAUAAAAUAUGAAAUACUUACGGAUAUAUAUAUAUAUUUUAAACUUCUUAACCGUGAACUCUCAUGCUUUGCAGAGGUCUAAACUCUCAGCACCUUAUCACUACUUACGGAUAUAUUCAACAAAAUAUGUAAAAGAUCUAUAUCUUGAAAACUAUAAAAUCCUGCUGAAAUUAGAGACCUAAAUAAGUGAAGAGUUACACCAUGUUCAUGGACUGAAAGACUUGUUAUUAUUAAGAUGUCAUUUCUCCCAAAAUGAACAUAUAGAUUCAAUGCAAUCCCAACAAAAUACCAGCAGCCUCUUUUAUAGAGAUUGACAAACUGAUUCUAAAAUUUAUAUAGAAAUGCAAAGGACCUAGAAUAGACCAGGAUCUAGAACUCUUUGAAAAAGAACAAGUUGGAGGACUUACUCUACCUGAUUUGAAUACUUACUAUAAAGCUGUAGUAAUCAAGACCUAUGUGGUAUUUGCAGAAAUAUAGACACAGGAAGAGAAUAAAGAAUCCAGAGGUAAACCCAAGUGUAUAUGGUUAAUUAAUUUGGGGGGGGGACUUUCUAUUUAUAGUGUAUUUUUUUUCUUAACUAAGGUUUUUUUUGAUAGACUUUUUUAGAUUCACAGAAAAUUGAGUGGAAAGUACAGACAGUUCCCAUUUACCCGCUGCCCUUCCCCCACACACACACCCACAGACUCCCCCAUGAUCAACAUUCCCCACUAGAGUGGUACAUUUGUUACAACUAAUGAACUUACACUGACAUAUCAUUAUUACCAUAAGGCCAUAGUUUACCUUAGGAUUCACUCAUAGUGUUGUACAUUGUAUAACGUUGUGACAAAUGUGAAAUGACAUGUAUCUACCAUUAUGGCAAUACAGAAUAGUUCCAUUGCUCUAAAAAUCUGUGCUCCACUUCCCUCCCUCUCCCCUCACUCCAGUAAGCACUGAUCUUUUUACUGUCUCCAUUGUUUUGUCUUUUCCAGAAUGUCACAUAGUUGGAACUGUAAAGUAUGUGGCCUUUUCAGAUCAGUUUUUUUCACGUAGCAAUAUGCAUUUAAGUUUCCUCUGUCUUUUCAUGGUUUGAUGGCUCUUAUUAGUGCUGAAUAUUCCACUAUGUAGGUGUAGCACAGUUAAUUUUGUGUGGACUAAGUUUUCAGUUCUUUUGGGUAAAUACCAAGGAGCACAAUUGCUGGAUCAUAUUGUAAGAGUUUGUUUAGUUUUGUAAGAAACCACCAAACUGGAACUUCACUGAUGGAACAGUGGUUAAGAAUCCGCCUGCCAGUGCAGGGGACACGGGUUCGAUCCCUGGUCCGGGAAGAUCCCACAUGCCACAGAGCAACUAAGCCUGUGUGCCACAACUACUGAGCCUGUGCUCUGCCUGCAUGCCACAACUACUGAAACCCACGCACCUAGAGCCCAAGCUCCACAACAAGAGAAGCCACCGCAAUGAGAAGCCCGCACACCGCAACUAGAGAAAGCCCAUGCGCAGCAACGAAGACCCAAUGCAGACAAAAAUAAAUUAAUUAAUGAAUUAAAAAAAAAAACCCACCAAACCGUCUUCCAAAGUGGCUGUACCAUUUUGCAUUCCCACCAGAAAUGAAACGAGUUCCUUUUUUUAAAUAGAUUUAUUUUUUUAAUUUAUUUAUUUUUGCUGCAUUGGGUCUUGUAUGUUUAUGUAUACAUGUAUAUAUAUGUAUAUAUAUAAUAUGUAAGUAAUGUUUUUCUACUCCAGAUGGUAUUGAUAAAAAUUAACUUGUAAGAGAGCUGUAUUUAAUUGGCUUAAAGAAAGGGGGAAAAAAGCUUAUGUAAAUUAAGACUAGUCAAACAAGCAUAUAUUAUCUCUACCAGAUGUUUAACAUUAUAAUGCUAUGAAUUCAACCUAAGAACAAAAUGCACAAUUAAAGUGCACUGUUUG